GAAUGGCUCUAAAACAGAUUAUAGGAUACAUCAGGUUUACAAAUCCAGAUGAAGAGAAUAGAAACAAAGGAAGGAUUUUAUGUAACAUGAGCAUGAGAGUGAAUGAAAUCCAGCAUUAGCAGGUCAGUAUACAUAUAGAUAGCUCAGUAGGUAGAGUGGUCGCCUCAUGAUUGGAAGGGUCGGGGGUUCGAAUCCACUGAACGGCUACCCUGAGGUACCCCUGAGCAUGGUACAGUCCCUAUACACUGCUUCCCGGGCGCUGGAUUGGUGGCUGCCCAUUGCUUCACUGAGUGAAUGCGUUAAAUGAGUAAUUUCCCCACGGGGAUCGAUAAAGUAUACGUUAAUAAAUGACUUGUUUUACAUCUUAUGAGUUAUGCCUCUUUUUCAUUCAAACCCCAAAGAUAAGGGAAGUUGGAAAAAAUUAGAGUUUAAAGAUUUCAAGAAUCUGUUCCUUAAAUCAGCGGUUGCACAGCAACUAACAAAGAUGGCUUGUAGUUGUUUUAUUUGUUUGCUUAAAAAAAAUUUCAGUGAUUUUUGGAGACGUUUACAAAGAUUAUUUUAAAAAGUAGAAAUACACAUCAGUCUUCAGAUAUAUGUUUUAAAUCUUUAACUUGUACUAUCUUUCUGGGAUGCAAGAGCAGAACAGUGUACACCUUUAUUAAUUAUUGGUUCAAUUAAAACACAGUCUUACUUACGUAUAUAAAGAGCCUCAUCUGAAUAAAAAAUGCUGCUGCAAGUUAAAAUGGCUCUCUUUGUACGUGUAUACUCUCAACAUCCACUUGCUAGUACUGAGUUAAACCCCCUCUUGCCCUCAGAACCUCUUUUAAUUCUUUAUGGCAUGGAUUCAACACAGUACUGGAAACAUUCCUCAGACAUUUUGAUCCAUAUUGACGUGACGGCAUCACAAACUUCCUGCAGAUUUGUUGGCUGCACAUCCAUGAACUGAAUCUGCUGUUUCACCGCAUCUCAAAUGUGCUCUAUUGGAUUGAGAUCGGAGGGCUGUGGAGGCCGUUUGAGUGCAGUGAAUACAUGUUCGUGUUCAAGAAAUCAGUUUGAGAUGAUUUGAGCUUUGUGACAUGACGAAUUAAGCUGCUGGAAGCAGCCAUCAAAAGAUGAGUGCACUGUGGUCAUAACACAGUGCUGUGGUCAGCAACAAUACUGAGGUAGUGGUGGUGUUUAAGGGGCCUAAAGCGUGCCAAGAAAAUAUGCCAUACAUCAUUACACCACCAACAGCAGCCUGAACAACAUCCUGCUGAAGGCAGGAUUUUGUUUAUGCCAAAUUCUGACGCUACUAUCAAAAUGUUUCAUUAGAAAUUGAGACGCCUCAGAGUGGCAACUGCAAAACUGCUGCUCAGUGGGUAUUUUCUCUUUUUCAGACCACUCUGUAAACCCCAGCAAUGGGAAAACCCGACCAGAUCAGCAGUUUCACAUUCAAAGUCACUUAAAUCAACUUGCUUCCCCAUUCUGAUGCUCAGUUUGAAUUUCAACAGGAUGUCAUAUGAUGAUUAUAAGAUAUUUUGUUAACAAGCAGUUAACCUGCUAAAGUGGCCAGUUAAUUUAAAAAACAAAAACAAACAUUAACUUAACUUACAUUUUAUGGGCUGUGAAUAGAGACUUAACCUCAGGCUUGAUAAUUGGUGCCAGUUGUCUGCUGGGUGGGUUUAAUUCGCUUUCCAGUCUUGGACUAUACACAUCCCAGACACGCUUUUAUAUAUUCAGUUCUGAGCUUCCUUAUCCAGUGUGAAGAAGUGAAGUGAGGAGAUUAUCUAUCAUAUUGACUUCAAGCUUUUUCUUUACUGGUGUAAACAGACGUGUGUGUCUUCUAUCAGCUUUUCUUAAACCAGAUAUCAGCAUCUAGUUUUCUUGAUCUCGACCACUCAGUUCUUCUCUGUGCACCAUACUGCUGAUUGUUGAGUUCCUCCCUCUAUGAACUCAAUGUUUAUUAUCCAGUAGAUAAUGCUGUCAUCUGCAAACCUUCUUUAAUAAAAGGCAGUCCAGUAAACAACCAGCACUCACUGACAGCUUAACAGUAAACAGUAAGUAAAGUUUCUGUCAUCGUCAACAAAGCUGCUAGUUUAUAAGCUUAGUAAAAGCAGAAGUUGUGGCAUUUAUAUUUUGUUGGACUGUAAUAGUUAGCUCUCAACCCGAAUGAACAAACUGUUUGAAAUCAUUUUGGGGAAGUAUACUUUGGUAAGGAGUGGCUUUCCAAGAAAGGUGGCUGCAGAAAGGAAUAAACCCCUGUGCCCUCGUCAAAUUUACCAGACUAUGGACACUUGUGUCAAAAAUGCUAUUAAAUCAUCAUACAUAAAUAAUAUUUUCAGCUUUUUUUCAUAAAUCUCUUCAGACUGUUGCUUUUGUGAAUUCUCUUUAGUGCAAAAUGGUAUGAGCCACCGCACAAACCAAAGCUAAACCAAAAGACAACAAUGCAUUUUUAAUUACAGUUUUAGUCAUUUAUGCUACGUUUUACUUAUUCACGUUUUUGUGUUGUGCUUUCCCUUAAAUUAAAAUAUUCAGUGAUUUCUCAGUAAAAGAGGCUUUUGUCCUGAGACUGUUUCAUUAAAUAUUUUAAGAGGAAAAUGACUCAGAAAGCAAUUUUAAAACUUAAAGAACUCACAAAUCAUGAUCCUUGUUCAAACGAAAAAAAAGGCAGAUAAUUAAUUUAAAUAUAUAUGUAUCUAUAAAAAUAACCAGUUUACAUGUAGCCCUGUAUAUUUUUAAUGGCGGUGACAUAAUGAAAUUGUUGUUUUCCUUUCUAACCACUAGAGAGCAGCCUUUGCUAUGUUAUCGCGUUUGACCGGUCAUAUUUUUAAAGGUAUUCUUCUUCUGCAUAUAUUCUCUCUCUUUUCUCUUUGGGUGUGGGUGAGCGUGUGUGUCUGAAACACAAAGGGAAUUUCAGCUUGAGACAAUAGUGUGACCAUAUGGUCUCCCUGGCUUGUAAAUCAUCCUGUGGUCCAGUGCCAGCUUCAAUGAAAACUACUCCACCUUCCUAAAUUCUCUCUCUCUCAGAUCUUCUUUACGAAAACAUUCAAGUGCACAUGGUCUUAAACUAAUACUGACUUCAGAUACCUGUUCACUUCACUGCAAUCAAAAGCGGGCUGAUGUGAAAGAGACGCAGAGAGGUAAGGAGAAGGAGAGCGGGGGAGCUGGAUAAAGGGGGGGAAUGCAAAGAAAAGAUAUUAAAUCAAAUAAAAGAAAACAUAAAGACUGUUAAAGCCGGCUGCAAAAAUACUCACCCUCAGAGGAGGAGACAGAACAAGGCAACGAAGGAGAACGCUAACGAGGGAAUAACAACAGAAGGAAGGAGUGACAGAGGCCCUGCCCCACUGGGUGGCUCAACCAUGAAGUUGAACAUCAUUUGUAGCUUGUUUCUGCUCCUGGGUGUUCAAACAGUAAAGGGAGGCAGAGCCCAGCGCAAACAGAGACAAGCUGAAGAGAGCCUGAGACCUUACAUUGGCAGAGUUAAACCAGAAAAGCUUUGUGAGCUGCUGAAAUGCCAUACUCCAGUGGGGUCUUGGUGCCAGGUAGUUCAAGAAAACGGAAUUCUCAUCCCCAAGUGUGUUUGUCCUCAGUCCUGUCCUCGGCAGAGGGCACCAGUGUGCAGUGUUGUGGGAAAGACCUAUGAGAAUGAGUGUUGGCUUCAUAAAGAUGCCUGCAGAAAGAGGCGCCGCACCGGACUCGCUCACACAGGACCCUGUCUGGUCCCCAAGGGUAAAUGCACCGAGGAGGAGUUAGGCCAGUUUCCAUAUCGUCUCCUGGACUGGUUUCUGCUCUUGAGUCGUAUGGGGGAAUCCUACGCACCUGCUGCCCCGCCCCAGAGCUGCCUGAGCCACACCCAGAGGACACAGCUGGCACAAAAAAGAUUUACCCUGUUGGACAGAAAUAAAGAUGGCAAGUUGAGCCGCAGGGACCUGAAGAAGCUGCAUUAUAAGAGGAUGCCUUUGGAGCACUGUGCUACACCAUUUUUUCAGUCAUGUGAUCGUAACAAGAACAGGAAGGUGACCCUCAAUGAGUGGACAGCAUGUUUGGUGGAUCGUUCUGAGGCCUGGUUCUAUCAAUUAAUGUCGAUGAGAAUGGGUUCUCUGAAGUUGUGUCCUACAAUCAAAAGGAACUACCUCUGACACGUCUACUUCUUUUGUACUGUUAGGAACUUGCAGGCCAUAUCAUGACAGUUACUUGAUUUUAAAGCUGAUAUUAAAGGAUGACAUCGCUACACACACUGACUUAGUCAUUGAUUUUACCUCUUCUGACAUGUGAUUUAUGAUGUCGUGAAAUCUGAUGGUCUGCUGGGUGCCCGUGGGUUUUUAUGUGUGCUCAAAGGGGACAAUUAAAGGUCUAGACAGGCUGAAUGCUAAUCAUAUUCGUUGUUAAUUACAUUUGCUGACAUCUGUAAAACUGUUAAAAAACACACACACACACACAUAUCGGAGACAAAUUACACAGGAUGCUUUGGAUAACCAAUUAAAAGGAGGAUGGCACAGACAGACAGUGUGAUAUGCAGAGAAUGUCAAAGUAGAUGGGGAAAAAAACAUGGGGAGAAGAAACACUUAGUGGGGGAAGACGUGACCAGAAAAGAGACAAAGAGUUAAUAAAAGAGUGAAAGGUAGAAGUAGUGAAAAGUGUCAUAAUGCAAUGGAGGAGAGCGAAGGCAAAGUGACUGAAGAAAGGAGAGAGCACCGCAAAGUGUGUUUGCGAAAGACGGGAGGAGGUAAUGCACUGUAAAUGGGAGUUGAGAGUAAUGGAGUAAUGCAUAAAAAAUGGAUCAGAAAUGAGGGAAAGACUGAGAACGGGGAGUGAGGGGGGGGGGGGGGAUGGCUGAGAAGGCAGGAGGAACUGAGGAGACGGGGAAAUGCAAAACAUUUUCUUUGGAGCCAGGCCUGUAAAUAGCAUCUUGGAGCAUGAUGCGGAAUGUUUGAAAUACUUGACCUCUGCUAAGGUCAAAAAAACUUGCAUAAUGCAAGCUUCCUGACUUUUUGUGCCUGUGUACCAUUUAUAA